UUUUAUUUUUUCUUAUCAUCAAAAAUGUAUAUUAUUUUCUUUUAAAUUUAUUGAUUUUUGACUUUUUACGUUUUAUAUAUAUAACCUUCCUCUUUGAUUCUUAUACACUAGCAUCAAACCAUGCUAAAUCAUUAUAAUAUGUGAAUUGUAAAUAUGUCAUAGUAUUUAUUAAUGGGAAUAAACGGAUUGAUCCCUUAUUUGAUUAAGAAAGUUCCUGAGGUGAUUAAGCCUCUGGGCUCUCUCGACUCUUUGGGUGGCAAAAGAGUUUUUAUUGACUGUUCUAUGAUUCUAAGGCGUUCUCUACAUGCUUCUAUCAGAACUGUACUAGAACGACUUAAAUUCAGUCAUUCAGGGAGUAGUGAACCAUUUGUGAACUUAAAGUUGUUGAGAGAUGAUAUAAUGAAAUAUUCAGUAAAUCCAUUAGUAGUACUCAAUAAGUCCUUGAAAGCGGUAGAUGUUAAGGGUGGAAUUGAGUCGACAUUUGUAAUAGGUCCUCUAGAGAACAAUGAAACAAGUUCUAAAGUUAAGGACCCUUUGUACAGUAAUAUACUUGACGUAAAGGAUAAGGAGUUACUGAGGCGGAUAAGAGAGUAUUUAAAGGGUAGCACAAUUUAUACAUUUUAUCCGAAUCCAUCACAUACGGAUAUUAAUGAUAUCGCAAAUAUGUUGAUGAACAAUUUUGCCAAGGUUCAGAUAAGAUCAAUGGACAUAUGCAAAAAAUGUGUUGAAUUUUGUAAUAAUAAUGAGGACUAUGUUUUAUCCGAUGAUACUAAUGCCAUAGCUUAUGGAGCUCCGAAUGUAAUAAGAGAUUAUUUGGGAUCUAAGGAGCCUAAUGUAAUAAACCAUGCGGAAAUGUUAAAAUCUCUAGGGAUGACCAGGGACCAGUUUAUUGAUUUUUGUAUUCUAUUAGGCUAUAAAGCAAAUGUCAGAAUUCCAGAGAUAGGACCUGAAAGGGCAUUUAAUAUAAUUAAAAGGUAUAAAAGCCUUGAAAAUUUUCUGGAAUCUAGUUUAUACCAACAACUUUUCAAAACAAAAAAAGCUACAGAACUUCUCCAAAAGCAUGGAAUGGAACUAGGAGAAUUUACAAACAAAUUUUUUAAUCCUGAAUUCAGACAAGAACUCAUGAAUAAUUUAAAUUAAUUUUUUAAGAAAAUUA